AGCCCGUCUAUCACCCUGGAUACCGCGACGCGGCGCGCGCCUAUAUAAGAGCACUCCUCCGCUAGGGUUUCCUCCCUAGCCGCCGCCGCUUCAUUUCUCCCAGGUAAGGAAAAAGGGCUCCCCGAUGGCGCCGUCGCAGCCGAAGUCCGGGCUCUUCGUGGGCAUCAACAAGGGCCACGUCGUCACCAAGCGCGAGCUGCCGCCUCGCCCGUCCGACCGCAAGGGGAAAUCCACCAAGAGGGUGACCUUUGUCAGGAACUUGAUCAGGGAGGUUGCUGGAUUUGCUCCCUAUGAGAAGCGUAUCACUGAGCUUCUCAAAGUUGGCAAGGACAAGCGUGCACUGAAGGUGGCAAAGAGAAAGCUUGGCACCCACAAGAGGGCCAAGAAGAAGAGAGAGGAGAUGGCUGGUGUCCUCAGGAAGAUGAGGUCUGGUGGCGGUCACGCUCACACCGAGAAGAAGAAAUAGAGUAUCUCCAAGUUCAUGAAGUCCAUGGCAAUAUUGUCUUGUUGAGUUUACUCUUGUAGAACCCUACUACUAGAAUUGCACUCUAUUAUCCAGCUAAACAUCAUGGUGUUAGUUCUGUGUUAAAAACCUCCUGUCUUGUGUUUUUGAUCCUUUCAAUGCAUGGUUUGCCACCUUAAAUUUGCUUGAUUA